GGUCUGCGAACCGGAACCAGUGCCAUAUUCUCGUCGGUCGUCUUUCUCUCUCUCGCCCUGUGCUUCCGAUGCACCCUCGAGAGCACGCCAGUUUCGAAGGCUGACCUUGAUGGAUGCACCGCGUCGGUUCCGGCAACCUCCACUCCAGGUCGCUACAACAAACGCGUGCUGGCUGCGCUCACUACCGCCAUAUCUCUACUAACUCUGAGUCGUCUCGUGUUCGGUGUGGCGUGGCUCACCAGUUACCCCUUGCACGAUGUGUUCGCUUGGAGUGGUGAGUCCUCUAGACCAUAUUGA